AUGAUAACCCAGAACGGCAUCGCGCUGCCGGCGCUAUAUCUGUACUCGCUGAACGCGAGCUUCGUGAACAAACAUAUCCAUCUCCCGCCCGGUCAACGUGUAAAAAUCGGGCGACAAACGAACGCAAAGUCCGUGCCUGGCGAGCGCAACGGCUUCUUCGACUCCAAGGUGCUCUCGCGCGCGCACGCCGAGGUCUGGGAAGAGGGUGGCAAGAUAUUCAUCAAGGAUGUCAAGUCGUCGAACGGAACAUUCAUCAACAGCGAGCGGCUCUCGCCCGAGAGCGCCGAGUCUGAGCCCUUUGAGCUCAAGACGGACGACAUCGUCGAGUUUGGUAUCGACAUCGUGGGCGAGGACAACAAGACGGUCGUGCACCACAAAGUCGCCGCCCGCGUCGUCUGCGUCUUCACCCCCGAGGACGCCGCAGCGGCUGCCCGGGCCGAGCAGCACCAGGCUACGACCCCCGCCUUCCACGGCGGGCACCCGCACCAGCAGCAUCAGCAACAUCAACAACCCGCCGCCGGAGCCAAUAACCCGAAUGCAUUCUUCCGUCGUCCUGGCGCCGCACAGCAGGUGGCCGGCAUCGGCGGCAUGGGUGGCGGCCCCGCACGUGCACCUGGCAAGAACGCGCUCACGUUCGACCACAUCCUCAAUAGGCUCCAGGGCGAGCUCCAGAAGAGCCGGGAGACCGGCGCUGAACUUCACGCGCUCACCGGCGCGAUGGGCGAGAUCCAUGAUAGCCUCGGUGCCAGCGCGCUUCACGGCGAGCACAAGGCGCUUGCUCAGGGUGUCCCGCCCGUACCGCCACCACAGCCCGCCCAGCGCGAGCAGGAGCGGAGUUCCGUCAAUGAUGGCGCAUUGGCCGAGCUCCAGGCUCAACUGAACGCAACCCAACGUGCUCUCGCGGACCAUGUUGACAAGGUCCGAUCGCUCGAGGCAGCACUCGCCGGCCAAGAAGCCGUACGCGCAGAAGUCGCCGCCCUUCGCGAGAUGCUCGACUCGCAGCGCGAACACGCCCAAUCAUCAUCGCACCACGACGACGAGCGCCGCCAGGAGGAGCAAGAAGACGACGAUGACGACGAUGCACGGAGCAUCGCCACCGUAACCCCGCACGAACUCGAGACCGUGACCGAAGAAGAAGAGGAAGCCGAGCAGGAGCCCGAGCAGCCCGCGAUGCGCCCACGCACGCCCGAGCCAAACAUGCACUACGCCUCGGCCUCCUCCCCGCCCUCGUCCUCCACCCCCGCCUCGCCCCCGGCGGCACCCGCAGUGCUCCCGGCCGAGAUUGAUGCGCGUCUCUCGGCUCUUUCCGCGCAACUCGAGAGCGCACUCGAACAGGGCCGCUCGCUCUCCGCUCAACACGCCGCCGCGCAAUCCACCAUCACCACCUUAGCAAGCCGCCUCGCAGCGCUCGAAGGUGUCCGAGGCGAAUGGUCCGCAUGGGAAGCCGGCGCACACGCACGAGAAGACGCGCAGAUCGGGCGAAUCGAGAAGAUGGUCAAGGAGACCGUCGGCGGGUUCAAAGCCGCAUGGGAGCGCGAGCGCGAGUCCGAACGAGCCCGCGAGCGCGAAGAGCGCGAGAAAGAGCGUGCGGCGGACCGCGAGGAGCGCGCGAAGGAGCGCGAGCUGCUCGGUGUGCACGCCGCGAUCAAGAAGGGGGAGAACGACGAGAAGCGGACGGGGCUCGUUACACCGCCCAGCCCGCGAAGCGUCAGCGCAGACUCGACUGGCAAGCGCAGGCGUCGACGAGCAAGCACCAGCCGCGGGCGGCGUGGGCGCUCUACGGAUUCGACGUCGGCGGCGGAAGGCCACGACGAGCAUGAGCACGAAGACAGCUCAAGCGAGGGCGCGAGCUCUAGUGCGAUUUUGGACGAGAAGGCUAGCGUUGCGAGCGUGGCUACCGGUGGCUUGCCUUUGCCGAGGAAACGCGGCGCUAUGCUGGCUUGGUUGAGCGAUGCGGAGGCUGAUGUGGAUCAUGACGCGAAGGCGAAGUAUGGCGCGCGCGAAGGCGGCGCUGGACAGACGUCUCCUGGCACUGUUGGCAAACCGGUACAGCAAUGGACAACGGUCGGCGGACUGGCUAAACAUCAAGUCGAGGCUAGCAUCGGGCUCAUCCUCGUCGGCGUCGCCGUAGGCGCAGUGAUGUGGCGCGUAACGCCCGAGUAG